AUGAAUUUGCGAACAGCCACCGGCUCUGCCUCGAGCAUUCUCCUGCUACUCUCGUCCAUCCACGGCGCUGCUGCCGAGCUGCCCUUAGUGACUGAUUCCAAAUGUGGUUGCUACGUCACCAACGGCAGCAAUUCAGCUUUUUACACUACCCACCGCUUCUAUGACUUUCGAUCCUUGUCGCAAUAUGUCGGAUCCGGAGUACCUGACGUACCGGGCAGCUCCCCUCGGGCAGCCUCCAACGCUUCGAUGACGAGCGGCUACUUCAACACCUCGACCUUCACAGACGACUGGUCCAUCAUGACUUGGAACAACAGCGCAUCUCUGGGAGACGAUGCCUCGAUUCUGAUGGUCAACUCCCCCACCAACAUCUUUGUCGAGAAGAACAACGACACGGAUGCUGAUAGCGAUACGUACUUGACAAUGCGCACAGCGCGCCAUGAGGACUUCCAGUCGGCAUCGGAAAUCGAAUCCAACUCGGAUCGGUACAGGUUCGUGUCGAUGCGCAUGUUGGCUCGCACCACGGGGGCACCUGGUGCGUGCACAGCCCUCUUCACCUACCGCAGCGCCAAUGACUACGCAGACGUCCAGGAGGCCGACAUUGAGAUCUUGACAAAGGACCCUACAGACAAGAUCAUGUACACCAACCAGCCGUCCUACGUCAAGGUUGGAAAUGACACCCAGAACAUCCCGGAAUCCAACAUCAACGGCACAGCCCCCGUGGACUGGACCCAGUGGUCGGUUCACAGGCUCGAUUGGACACCAUCGAGGACAACUUGGUAUGUCGACGGCCGGCAGGUUGCCUCAAUCUCGUUCCAGACACCUCGCGAUGCCAGCCGCAUCAUGCUGAACUCAUGGAGCAACGGCGGCGACUGGACCGGUGUGAUGGGCAUUGGCAAGCAGGCUCGCAUGCAAAUCAAGUGGCUCGAGAUGGUUUACAACCAGACCAGCCCCGAGACCAGCAGAAUGCGGCCUCGGGACCACUCAGGUAACGGCGGCAGAGGAAGUGGCAAUAGCAACCCCGGUCGCUACUCGGACUCAGGCUCCACCGAGGGAUUGAGCGACGGCAAGUGCAGGACAGUCUGCAGUAUCGACGAGACCAGCCAAAGGGGUAUGGCAGCCGUUGUGGCCGAUGGUGGCGCCGCCGCUAUCAAGGUAGCCGCCUGGAUCCCGAUCACUGUGGCCUUGGCUGCUACACUGGCAGCUUCUAUGUUUUAG